UACUCAUUACUCAUUACUCAUGCAUUCACAUUACCUAUUAAGUCUUCAGUGAUUGAUAAAUUUUUUAGAGAUACAUCUGAUGGAAUGCAAAUUAUCCAGCGCAAAAGUAAAAUCAUGUAUACAUACUGCGACAAUUAUUUAAUAAUACAAUUGAUAAUACUGUCAAUAAUUAUAAACGUUAUAUCGGCUUUAUCAGUCAUCGAUGUAACUCAAUUUUUUCCAAACUCAUUCGCCGGUGUACCAUUAUCUUUAAAUGAUAAUUUAAAUGUUAUUGAUUAUGAUCCAGACGUUGAUUUGCCUACGGAAGAUAUGAUAAAAAGAGCUGGAUAUCCUGCAGAAGUUCAUGUAGUGGAGACUGAUGAUGGAUAUUUACUGUCACUACAUCGUAUCCCCGGCAAACCUGGUGCAAAACCGAUUUUCUUGCAACAUGGCUUUCAUGAAAUGGGAAUUUAUGACGUACCAGCUGCAGUUUCUUAUAUCGUAGAAAAAACAAACAUGUCUUUAGUUUACAUUGGGCAUUCAAUGGGGACAACAAUGGGAUACGUGAUGGCAUCUGAGCGGCCUGAAAUAGCAGAAAAAAUAAAACUUAUGAUCAGUUUGGCUCCUGUUGGAUUUAUGAAUCAUCUAAAAAGCCCCGUGAGAAUUGUAGCUCCAUUUGCAAAUGAUAUUAAAUUAGUAGCGCAUUUUCUAGGAGUUGAUGAAUUUCUUCCUCAAAAUAUUUUUAUAAAAUAUCUAGCCAAGUAUGGCUGUGAAAUGGUUACCAUUGAAAAAGAAAUCUGUAAAAAUUCAAUGUUCGUAAUUAUGGGAUUCGACGAUGCACAAUUUAAUCAAACCUGGUUACCAGUUAUAUUGAGUCAUACACCAGCAGGCGCCUCAACAAAAACUAUGGUUCAUUACGCUCAAGAAAUAGUAUCUGGGCGAUUUCAACAGUAUGAUUAUGGAGCAAAAAAAAAUUUUGAGCUUUAUAAUUCAACUUAUCCACCGGAAUAUAAUUUGAGUAAAAUUCAAGUACCCGUUGUAUUUUUUUACGCUGACAAUGAUUGGCUAGCAUCUCCAGAGGAUGUUCAAAAUCUUUAUUCAAAAUUGCCAAGGACAUACGGUUUACACAGGGUUAAUUUUACAAAAUUUAAUCAUUUAGAUUUUUUAUGGGGAAUCGAUGCAAGGCAAUUACUUUACAACGACAUAAUAGAUUUAAUAAAUAAAUAUGAUAAUUUAUUAUUAUUUUAA